AUGGUUGGUUCGACCAACCAAGUGUUUCGACGCCGACUCCUCGUAGCGAGCUGUCUGAUGGCCUGCGCCACUUGCCUCGAUCAUCUCACCAUGUGUGCCAAACCGGUCCUGGAGCCCUUGUCCUUGGCUGGGAUCGCAGAGUUUAUCAAGUCUGGACGCUGCCGCUCCAUCUUUUGCCUCACCGGCGCGGGCGUCUCCACGGGCGCCGGCAUCCCGGACUUCCGCUCGCCCGGCGGCAUGUACGACUCGCUGCGGCCCGAGCUGCUGACGGCCACGGAGACGCAGCGGCGGAUGAUGCGGGCGGAUCCGGUGCACGUGGUCACCAGGGAGAUGUUCUUCCAGAACCAGUUUCCCUACAUGGAAGUGCGACGGCCUUUCAUCUUGGGUGUCCAAAGUCAGCAGUGGAAGGCCACGAUAUCUCAUUGGUUUAUGAAGUUCCUGGAAGAGGAGGGCCUACUGAAACGGGUCUUCACCCAAAACAUCGAUGGCCUGGACUACCAGACAGGCAUCAAGCGCCAGCUGGUGACCAACGUCCAUGGCAGCAUCGCCAACGUCAGCUGCGAAGGCUGCGGAAGAGAGGUGCCCUUCGACGUUUUCUGCCAGAAGGUGAAGACGCAAAUCAAAGAUAUCUACAACGUGGACCCCACGGCGCCAAAGGAAUCCAGUGAAAUCCGAUGUCCGUCCUGCAACAAAGCUUUGGUGAAGCCGAACACGGUGCUCUUUGGGAGUAGCCUCCCAGGGGCGUUUUUUGAAGAGCUCCCGGCACUGGAUGAAGCCGAUUUGUUGAUCGUGGCUGGCACAUCCUUGGUGGUUUCGCCUGCCAAUUCCGUGGUGAAUUACGUGCCUUCCACUUGCUGUCGACUCAUUGUGAACAAAGAGCCGGUGGGACAAGAUCUGGGCAUCCGCUAUGGCUCCUGGGCGGUGCAAGACGUCUGGACGGGGGAAAAGAGCUGCGACGAGGCCUUCAUGGAGCUGAUCCAACUGUUGGGAUGGCAGGAGAAGGUGAAACGAAUUCAGCAUCUGCUGCCGGAAAGUAACCAGGUCAAGGUGGGACAAUGGCUUCGCAUUCAACAGGUCCGCUCCACUGGUCCUUCAGGUAUUUCAUUGAUGGCUGCCUCAGGUCCCGGCUCCGAGGUUCUUACUGUCAACGCAGCGCACAUCACCAAAGUGCCGCUGUGGUGCUUGGAUGUGCAAGUCAGAAGGCAGCAGAUCGAGGAGUCGGGUGCGUCCUAUAGGGCCGAGGACAAGGCGCAGCUGUCUCCAAGGCCAUCUAUUAGUGCUCCCAGUGGCACGGCAGCAGCUCCUUCCCCCGCCGCGCAGCAGCGGGCGCUGGCGCGGGCGGCGCGGGCGCAGGCGCCAAGGGAAAGCCGAAGCAGUGGCGACACUGAAAUGGAUGAGGACGAGGAGACACCUCCGGUGGCCCGGGAAACUCCGCGAGCCGCUCGGCCAGAGGCGCCUGUUGCAGCUUCCCUGACCGCCGUGACCGGCCGGCCCAAAACGCAGCUGAGCACGAUCUAUGUCAACACCAUCCUACCCAUCAGGCUUGCAGACGUGCACGACGCAGCCGCUAGGGGAGAGAGGUGUAUGGUCCUAUCGAAUUUCACGGUGGCGAGGAUCUGCGACGUGAGUGGCGCCGAUGCUACUAGUGCUCAAAGUCUGGUGGCCACACGCUGCUGUUGUUGUGGCCACACCUUUGCAGCACCGGAUCAACACGUUCGUGCGGUGAAGCGACAGAGAAAGGUAUGGCCCUGUGGACAUUGGCUGUUCAGGCUUCAGUUCCGCUUCAAGCUGGCCUUGCAACAGGAUGAACACCUUCUGUGGGUCUUUGUGGCUGAUGAGUUUUCGGGCCUCCUUGGGGAAACAGCCGAAGAUGUUGUGGGUGACAGCGCCGCGCGGGCGCGGGCCCAGAAGCGCCUGGAUGCUUUGAGGGAGGAACUGAGUGCACCGCCUCAGAUUUUGCCACCUAAAGUUGGCAUGGAAGAACUGGUGGAAUUGACAUGUUUUUGUGACCCAGGUGCCAGUCCUGCCCAGGGCGGCGGCAAGUAUCGCAACGAGAAUGAAUCCAAAGACUCGGGUCCCAACGAGAAGGGCGAAAACUCCAGGCUCUUAGUGCAGGUGCUGGAUUUUUCAUCCGAUGUGUCCGUCUUGGACCUUGCAGCGGUUGCCCGUUCCUUGAAAAUUGCUGUGGAAGAAUGCAGACCCAUCGGGUGUGGUCCCUGGGAGCACGCACCGGGUCCUUGGUCUUCCUCGGGGCUUUGGAGAUAUCUUGGCUUGGGAGACCUCAAGAAACUUCCCAAGGUGACCCUUUUCUGCGAAAGCGAGUUCCAAGACACAUCGGAUGUGCUGGCCUUUGUCAAAGCUGCCAAGGCACUAGCAGCUGACACAGUGGAUGGCCAUGUAGCCUUCAACAAGUGUUUAUUUGAUGCAGCCGGCACGGCACGCCUUUUCUCGCUAGAUGGAAACGACAACGUUUGCUUCGGAGAUCAGAUCGCACGGCUUGCUGUCAAAGGACGAGGCCAGCAAAGGCCUUUACCUGCAGGGGAGCAAAAGGAGGGCGUUGGAAAGCUGCAGAAGCCGUACCGCCAGAUCAUCGAUGAGCUCAUUAGAAAUACUGUCCUGUGUCGCAACGACUUCGACAAGAAGAUUCUGCUGCUGUUGGAUGCACUGUGGGAACGUAACAAGCUUCAAGAGGCUUGCAAUCACGUGAAGAAGGUGGUGGAGGUCCUUCCGCGGGACAAGGUGACACAUUGGAGAGGCUGGGAAGGAUAG